UCGUCCAAAAAUGAAAAUGAAAAUGAAAAUGAAAAUGAAAAAUCCAAUCAUAAACAACCGCAUCAUAUAUAUCAGCAUUCAAUUCAACACAACACCUUGGAGCGCUUUCAUCACCACCGAAAGUGACGGAACCAAUUACAUCAAAUCCCUAAAAUACCCUCCAACUCCUCCUUCCUUCUUCUUCUAACCACUAUGUUGCAGAGACCUAGACGCCGUUGCGAAGGCACAGCCAUGGGCGCUAUCGUUCUCGAUCUUCGUCCCGGUCUCGGAAUCGGUCCUUUCUCCCUCGGGAUGCCUAUAUGCGAAGCAUUUGCUCAGAUAGAACAACAACCUAAUUUGUAUGAUGUGGUACACGUGAAGUAUUUUGAUGAGGAUCCUCUGAAGUUGGAUAUUGUUAUUAGCUUUCCUGAUCAUGGUUUUCAUCUUCGGUUUGAUCCCUGGUCUCAGAGACUGCGCCUUAUUGAAAUAUUUGACGUAAAGCGGCUUCAAAUGCGCUAUUCUACUUCUUUGAUUGGGGGACCAACAACCCUAGCUACUUUUGUUGCCGUAUAUGCAUUGUUUGGGCCUACAUAUCCUGGAAUUUUCGAUAAGGAUAGAGGCAUUUACACGCUGUUUUACCCGGGCCUUUCCUUUGCAUUUCCUAUUCCGGGACAGUUUUCAGAUUGCUGUCAUGACGGGGGAGUGGAAUUGCCUUUGGAGUUUCCAGAUGGGACAACACCGGUUACAUGUCGUGUUUCUAUAUAUGAUAGUUCCUCCGGUAAGAAGGUUGGUGUGGGGUCCUUAAUGGAUAAGGCUUCUGCUCCUCCAUUGCCCACUGGCAGCAUUUACAUGGAAGAGGUUCAUGUUAAGCUGGGGGAAGAAUUGUACUUCACUGUUGGCUCUCAACACAUUCCUUUUGGGGCAUCCCCACAGGAUGUGUGGACUGAGCUAGGACGCCCCUGUGGUAUUCAUCAAAAGCAGGUAGAUCAAAUGGUUAUACAUUCUGCCUCUGAUCUUCGGCCACGGACAACUAUCUGUGGAGAUUACUUUUAUAAUUAUUUUACUCGUGGUCUGGACAUCUUAUUUGAUGGACAGACUCACAAAAUCAAGAAGUUUGUUUUACAUACGAACUACCCGGGUCAUGCUGAUUUUAAUUCAUACAUGAAGUGCAACUUUGUUAUCUAUUGCUCUGAUGCUGUUGGAGGAUCUUUUCAGGAUGUAAAUAAUAGCAAACAGAGGGUCAUUACACCUAGCACAAAGUGGGAACAAGUGAAGGAAAUACUUGGGGAUUGUGGGCGAGCUGCUAUUCAGACACAAGGGUCUGCCAGUAACCCAUUUGGUUCUACUUUUGUAUAUGGUUAUCAAAACAUUGCUUUUGAGCAGGUGAUGAAGAAUGGUUAUAUUGCAACAAUAACUCUGUUCCAGUCAUGAUGAUGGGGCUUUUGGAAUUUGGUUACUCAAUCUUUCUGCCUAUCAUUCCAAGGUUUGUGAACCGUUGGUUGCAGAACUUCACAAGAAGUAGCAGGCUUUGUACGGUCAUUGUGUAUAAAACAUUGUAUAGUUCAACCAUCACAUCAGUAUUGUGUCAAUGGCCUGUGGCAAAUUUGUACAGCUGUGUAACAAAUUGUACAUAUAAAUCAUGUAAUUAACUGAUACAGUCGUGCAAAUGCAAUAAAUUCCUAAUGCUCUAACUCUCA